AUGGAUAAGAUAGAGAAGAAUAGACGGAGGGCGAAGAUACUUCGCGAACGCCGCGCCGCUCUCCUUCUAGCCUCAGCGCAAGCCCCACCGUCUGACCUCGCCAUUCAAACUGCUAGGGCAGCCCUCAAUUUACCUGCUCUUCCCGCCGGCAAUGCUGCAACCACCGCCACCCCUUCUGCUCAGAGCGCCCAAUCGUCUGCUCUUUCCGCCGGCAAUGCUGCAACAACCGCCACCCCUUCUGCUCAGAGCGCCCAACCCUCUGCUCUCUCCGCCGGCGAUACUGUAACAACCGCCACGCCUUCUGCUCAGAGCGCCCAACCCCCUGCUCUCUCCGCCGACAAUACUGUAACAACCGCCACGCCUUCUGCUCAGAGCGCCCAACCCUCUGCUCUCUCCGUCGGCAACCCUGCACCAACCGCCACGCCUUCUACUCAGAGCGCUCGGCCCUUUGCGUUUACCGCCAUCGCUGCUGUAUCCACAGCUGCCAUUUCUGCCCAGAGUGCUCAACUAUCUGCUUCUACGUUGGAUUCAUUACCUCCCAGCGACGUCGUCACUAUCCCUCGUGCCUUGUUUGAAGCUCGCGCGGCUGAGCUAGCUCGCCUCGGUAUUUACGAGGGCAUGACAAAGUGA